AUGGGUUUAUCAUUUUUAGUAUUCUUAUUAGCUAAAUAUUAUUUUGUAAUAAUUGAAGAUUUAUUCUUUUGGAAUCAAUAUCAAGAUUAAUCUUUUAAAUUGUGGUUAAGUUUUUUACAGAUAUUUGAUUUCACAUUAAAAAUUUAGGAGCUAUUGAUGAUUAUUUAGCAGAUUCAUAAUUAUAAAUUCCACUUGGAUCAUAAUUACCUAUUUAUUAUUCAUUAACUCCUUACUAUAAGAUAGAUUUAUUUAUAGUUUUGUUUUUGA